GUGUGUUGGCGGGGGGGGGGGGGGGUGGAGCCCGGGAAGCGGUGCCCGGUUCCGAUUGGCCCAACGGGCGCCGCCCCUCCUGGCUGCACGCGGAAAAGUGACUGAGCCUCCGGGAGAGAGACGGAGGCGCCACGGCGACAGAGAAAGAUGGCUGAGUACCUUCGGCUGCCCCACUCGCUGGCGCUGAUCCGCCUCCGAAACCCGCCGGUAAACACGAUCAGUUUGCCUGUAAUCCGUGGAAUAAGAGAGGGACUAAAGAAAGCUGCAUUGGACAAUACAAUAAAAGCCAUUGUGAUUUCUGGAGCAGAUGGCAACUUUUGUGCAGGUGCAGAUAUCCACAGCUUCAAAGCCCCUAUAUCCUCUGCUGAAGGACUGGGACUUUUAGUAGAUGAAAUUCAGAGAUAUGGAAAGCCCGUGGUGGCGGCUAUCCAAGGUGUGGCCUUAGGAGGAGGGCUGGAGCUGGCCCUGGGCUGUCACUACAGGAUUGCCCACGCACAGGCUCAAGUUGGUUUCCCAGAAGUCACAAUAGGGAUUCUUCCUGGUGGAAGAGGCACCCAGCUGCUCCCCAGACUCAUUGGAAUUCCUGCUGCCCUUGACUUAAUUACCUCAGGAAGAUAUAUUUUGGCAGGUGAAGCACUCAAGUUGGGUAUUUUGGAUGAGGUUAUGAAGUCAGACUCACUUGAAGAGGCAAUCAAAUUCACCCAGAAAAUUUUAGAUCAACCUCUAGAACCUCGCAGAAUCCUCAACAGGCCAGUUCCCAGCUUGUCCAACAUGGAAAACACUUUCACUGAAGCCUUUGCGAAGAUGCGGAAGCAGUACCCUGGGUACCUUGCUCCGGAGACCUGUGUCCGUUCAGUCCAGGCCUCCAUGAAGUACCCCUAUGAAGAGGGAAUCAGGAAAGAGGAGGAGCUGUUUCAGUACCUUCGGGAAUCUGGGCAGGCCAGAGCCCUGCAGUAUGCUUUCUUUGCUGAGAGAAGUGUAAAUAAGUGGUCAACCCCAUCUGGGGCAUCCUGGAAAACAGCUACUGCACGACCCAUCUCCUCAGUUGGUGUUCUUGGCUUGGGAACAAUGGGUCGAGGCAUUGCCAUUUCUUUUGCAAGAGUCGGGAUCCCUGUGAUUGCUGUAGAAUCAGACCAAAAGCAGCUAGAAGCUGCAAAGAAGAUAGUGACUUCCACCUUGGAAAAGGAAGCAGCCAAAAGCAUGCAACAGAGUGGCCAACGUGAGUCAGCACCAAAACCUAGGUUCAGUUCAUCUAUGAAGGAGCUGGCCAGUGUCGAUUUAGUCAUUGAAGCAGUAUUUGAGGACAUGAACCUGAAGAAGCAGGUCUUUGCUGAACUUUCAGCUGUGUGCAAGCCAGAAGCAUUUCUGUGCACUAAUACUUCAGCCCUGGACGUGGAUGAGAUUGCUGCGUCCACCAGUCGUCCUCAGCUGGUCAUCGGCACUCAUUUCUUCUCCCCAGCUCAUGUCAUGAAGUUGGUAGAGGUCAUUCCCAGCCGACACUCUUCCCCCACUACCAUUGCCACUGUUAUGAACCUAUCGAAGAAGAUGAAAAAGAUUGCAGUAGUUGUAGGCAACUGUUAUGGAUUUGUUGGGAAUCGAAUGUUGCAACCUUAUUUUAACCAGACUUAUUUCUUGUUAGAAGAUGGCAGUAAGCCAGAGGACAUAGAUCAGGCACUGGAAGAGUUUGGUCUUAAGAUGGGGCCACUUCGGAUGUCUGAUCUUGCUGGCUUAGAUGUGGGCUGGAAAGUUCGCAAGGGGCGAGGUCUUACUGGGCCUGCGCUGCCUCCAGGAACUCCUGCCCGAAAACGAGGCAAUGCAAGAUACAGCCCCAUUCCUGAUAUGCUCUGUGACUUAGGACGGUUUGGCCAGAAGACCGGGCAGGGUUGGUAUCUAUAUGACAAGCCAUUGGGUAGGGUUCACAAACCUGACCCCUGGCUUUCCAAAUUCCUGUCAGAGUACAGGGAGACCCAUCACAUCAAACCACGGGUCAUUGACCAGGAUGAGAUCCGGGAGCGCUGCUUGUAUGCACUGAUCAACGAAGCCUUCCACAUCUUGGGAGAAGGGAUGGCUGCCAGCCCAGAGCACAUUGAUGUGAUCUACUUGCAUGGGUACGGCUGGCCGCGCCACAGGGGCGGGCCCAUGUUCUAUGCCUCCACAGUGGGGCUGCCCACGGUUCUGGAGAAGCUGCAGAAGUAUUACCAGCAGAAUCCUGAUAUUCCCCAACUGGAGCCCUGCAACUAUCUCAAAAAGCUGGCUUCCCAGGGAAACCCUCCUCUGAAAGAAUGGCAGAGCUUGGCAGGGCCGCCCAGCAGUAAAUUGUGAUUCAGCCUCCUGGGGGUGGGCCACAUGCUGGGGUCACAGAAAACCUCAUUGAAUUUCAGUGAAAUUAAAUACAAAAGUGCAAAGCAAGAUCAUUCUGAAAUACAAAGCAAAGAAGUAAUCAGUCAGUUAAACCUUAGUUAAAACUGCUCAAUGAUUCUAAUCUUUAGAAUGUGCUUCCUAUGCCUCUGAAUCUCACCCUAUUAUUAAAUCCAGUGAAUGAUCUUGUGUUAAUAUAAUACCAUGCUAUCUGAUGAGAGAGCCUUGGGAAUAAGUUGAGAUUCCAAGCGCUUUGAUCAUUGGAGAAAUACGCCAUCAAUUCAUAAAUGAGAAUGCAUCUAAGUCAUAAUCUUAUUUUGGCCUCAGCCUCACGGAUACAGUACUGAUGGAAGUCUUAUGGCUCAUGUAUUCACAAGCAUUCACUAAGCAUAGGCAUAAAAAGCUGCAGAGGUAAUAACCUGACAGGCAAAACACAGGCAGGAAUUGCUGACAAAGCCAAGAACAUUAGACCAGAAUGGGGAACUGGAGGGUAGGUAGCUCAGCAUGUCACACUCGGCAUAUGACUUCUGUCCAAGGUCCAAUCUCACAAGCAUAGUCAUUCUCGAUGCAAUGUCUGCAACCCAGUCUUUACUUUUCUAUUCAAAGUGAGGCAACAGAGAUAGUAAGUUGUUAUCUUAGUGGGAUCUUAGGGUACAUGUAGUCUUCAGAGAUUUCUAAAUUUGUGACAGUGUGAGGAUGCCAGUUUCCCUGUCAGGAUUAGCCUUCUUGGUGUUAUAUAUGGAAACAGUUAAAUCUUGAAACAUCUAAAAUUAUUCCAAACAAAUUUUGUAUAAUUUCACUCUAACUAUAAGAGUUCUUCUAUUUGACUUUUUUGCCUUAUGGGGUUAAAAGUUAAGGGCAUGAUCAACACAAAAACAUGUAUGGAAAUGUUGAUAGUUGAGUUCUUCGUAAUAGCCCUAAACUGUCCAUUAACUGAUGAGUGGGUAAACUAAAUGAGGUAUAUAUCCAUCCAUACAGUGGACUAUUAUUCAGCCAUAAAAAAAGAUAUAGCGCUGAUACAUGUCACCACAUGAUGAAUUUUGAAAACAGUAUGAUAAGUGGUAGUAGACAGCCGCAAAAGACCACAUAUUGUAUGACUAUUUGUAUACAGUGUCCAGAAUAAGUAAAUCUACAGAGCCAGAGGGUAGUCUGAUAGUUUAUGAAGCUGGAAUUGUAGAAGGUAAAGAAAGGGAAGCAAUAGCUAAUGGGUACAGAAUUUAUUUUGGAUUUGUUGAAAAUAUUCUAAAAUUAUUGUGGUGAUUAUUACAUAAUUAUAAAUGUACUAAAAACCUUUGAAGUUGUAUAAUAUGAAGGAAUGAAUUUUUAGUAUGUGAAUUAUAUAGCAGUAAAGUCUUUAAUAAAUGAAUACAUGCUGCUAAAAA